AUGGAGGCAUCCACUGCUACUACCACCACAACUAGCGCCCGAGCGCAGCCCUUUGGCCAGACCGAGAUCAAUUGGGACAAGUUGGACAAGACUAAGUUUUAUGUGGUGGGAGCUGGGAUUUUCACUGGGGUUACAGUAGCAUUGUAUCCCAUGUCUGUUAUCAAGACCAGGCUCCAGGUUGCUACAAAGGAUACGGUAGAGAAGAAUGCAUUUUCUGUCAUCAGAGGGUUACUGAAGUCAGAUGGUAUACCUGGUCUAUACCGAGGGUUUGGCACCGUGAUAACUGGGGCAAUCCCUGCUAGGAUUAUCUUUCUCACAGCUUUAGAGACCACAAAAGUGGCUGCUUUCAAAAUGAUUGAACCGCUCAAUUUAUCUGAAGCUCCGCAAGCAGCUGUGGCAAAUGGGAUUGCUGGCAUGACGUCGUCUUUGUUUUCGCAGUCGGUGUUUGUUCCAAUUGAUGUGGUCAGUCAAAAGUUGAUGGUGCAAGGAUAUUCUGGUCAUGAGAGAUAUAAGGGGGGUAUUGAUGUUGUUCGUAAGAUUGUCCGGAGUGAUGGAAUCCGAGGAUUAUAUAGGGGAUUUGGUCUUUCAGUCAUGACAUAUUCCCCAUCUAGUGCUGUAUGGUGGGCAAGCUAUGGUUCAAGCCAACGCGUUAUAUGGAGGUUUUUAGGUUAUGGAACUGAUGCUGAGCCAGCAGCCCCUAGUGACUCGAAGAUAGUCGCCGUUCAAGCUAGUGGAGGGAUUAUUGCAGGAGCUACUGCUUCCUGCAUCACAACCCCUUUGGACACUAUAAAGACACGUUUGCAGGUAAUGGGGCAUGAAAGGAAAAGUACUGCUAGACAGGUGGUCAAAACCUUGGUAAAGGAUGAUGGUUGGACUGGUUUAUACAAAGGGUUGGGCCCAAGAUUUGUCAGCAUGUCAGCAUGGGGAACCUCCAUGAUACUAGCAUAUGAGUAUUUGAAGCGCUUGUGUGCAAAAGAUGAAUAA